AUGUACAAGAUAUACAGCGAGAACGCCCAGGACGGAUGGAAGGGGGGGCCAUCGGACAUGAUGCUACCAACCCAGAGACUGGAAGAGUUAAUGGCCACUAUGAGGCUUCCCCAGAGGUCGAUGCCAAGGUUCAGCGGAGGGACUUGUGACGAGUAUUUGGAGUUUAGGCAUGCCUUCCAAAGACACAUUGGGGAGGCGCCCAUAUCCUAUGCACUAAAAUUGGAAACACUUCUCUCGGCCUACACUGGCCGCGCUAAGAAAUCCCUAAGAGCAUCCCUGCAAAUAGAAGACCCCAGGGCUGGAUACGAACAAGCUCUAGCCUUGCUAGAAGAGCGUUAUGGCAACAAGCAAGCCUACGUCCAAGAACUAAUAGGCAAGGUCCUACGUGGCCUAGCCAUGAGAACAGAUGACAUUAAAGGACUUCAGGUGCUCGUGGACGAUCUGGGAAACUGCGUAAAUAACUUAAAUGUACUGGGAAAACUGCACGAAAUUGACACGUACGAAUCACUGAAUACUUUAGCUAAGAGAUUCACGGGAAAGAUGAGGGAGCGAUACGAGGAUAGAGCAUAUGACUAUGAAAGGAGACACGGGAAUUCUCCAGGGGUCGAGUGGAUGAAGGGUUUUGUACUGGAGAUGCUAGACAGGACAAGGAGGGAUUCGAGGGGACAAAGACAAGAAGAGCCGAGCGGGAGACGAACAGGCUCACACCCAUACCCUUCCUCACCAGGAAGGAUACCUGUGGGCCUAGUGACUUCGGGAAGGGAGGAGGUUAGAGGAAGGGACGACCGCACUUGCCUGUUGUGCCCUGGAUAUCACCCUUUGCAGAGAUACCAAGCAUUCCUUAACAUGUCGACUGGAGCGCGAACUUCACGAACUUCACGAACUUCACUUGUACAUGAAGAACGUCGCUGUUUCGCCUACUUAAAUCACGCUCACCGAAUGGCCGAGUGCAGUCAGAAGACAAGGUGUGGCAUAGAUGGGAGCUAUAGCUUCCACUCGAAAACUCCUGCACUUCUCGAGAAAUUCUAUGCGCAAUAA